AUGACUGCCGUGUUCUUUGCCCACCACGAUGUCGCCACUUGGGGUUUGCCCAGCUGGCGAUCAGUGGUCAAUGAUAUGCGCUCUGCUAGUGUCCCAGACCCAGUCCGUGGCCUCGACGACCUAAACGAAACCAUGCUGCUGGAAUUAAUAUCGUGCAUCAGCCGAUAUCACCCCAAUGCCAUCAACAACGGUCUACGUCAGUCGCUUGCUCGAUUCGCUGUAGGCGAGCUGUAUUCUGGUCUCAUCGCACACCAUCUUACGACAGCCUUCCGAAAUCAAUUGAAGAGCCCUGACAAAGUGAUGCUAUUUAUCUCUGCCGAGCAGACCGAAGGGCAGUUCGUCGCCAAUAUCACUGUCGAUACGAAAAUCGUGGUCGCGGUAGUCCUUGCGAACAAGCAUUUCAUGUGCGUCACUUUCCGACUUGGCCGCCACGGCGAUGACAUUUCCAUUGGCGUAUACGACGGAUUCGGCAUUGCGGCACCAGAGGAGUGGAUAGCUCUAGGGUGGCAUGCUCCCAGAGACUACAUUCCUACAGGACUUGCGUCAGGUUUUGGAGGGCCGGCGAUCCGUGAUCUACUCGAUGUUGCAGACCCCGCAUUGAUGCCAUACCGUAAACCAACGAGCCCGAAACCGGAUGACGAAUCCUCGUGUGGUCCUUGGUCUUUCUGGGUCGCUUGGCGUCUGCUAGACUCUAUGACCCACGGGUUGGCCGACGAGUAUUCUGAUAUGCACGCAUUAAGCACUUACUGGUCCACGGUGUCAAUCUCACAAGUCGUCCUCACUUUGGCAACGUGGAUAUCUGGGUGGCGUUGA